CAGAGAGAAAUUUAAUUUAGAGAGCAAAGUAGCUUCUUCUUCUUCCCCCCCUUCACACAAGGGAGUUUUUGAAUAGAGAGAUUUUAAUUAAUUAUUCCAAAACCAACAUUCAAGCAUGGCACACAGUCCUUUAGUUUUCAUCUUUGGAAUUCUAGGCAACAUUGCUUCCUUUGUAUGCUUUCUAGCACCACUACCAACAUUUUAUAGAGUAUGCAAGAAGAAAUCAACAGAAGGAUUCCAAUCAAUUCCAUAUGUGGCAGCACUCUUCAGUGCAAUGCUUUGGAUCUUCUAUGCCUAUGUCAAAACCGGAGAAACUCUUCUUAUCACAAUCAAUGCAUUUGGUUGUGUCAUUGAGACUAUUUACCUUGCCAUUUUCAUCACUUACUGCCCCAAGAAAGUUAGGAUGUCCACAUUGAGAAUGAUUCUAUUAUUGAACUUUGGAGGAUUUUGCACAAUUGUUCUAUUAACACAUAUCCUAGCAAAAGGAGCAAAUCGUCCCAAGCUUCUUGGAUGGAUUUGUGUUGUCUUUGCCACUACUGUUUUUGCAGCACCUUUGAGCAUCAUUAGGACGGUUAUCCGAACCAAAAGCGUGGAGUUCCUUCCUUUUCCUCUUUCUCUUCUUCUCUUCAUUAGCGCAAUCAUGUGGCUAUUGUACGGCAUCUUUCUCAAAGACAUCUACGUUACUCUCCCGAACGUUGUGGGGUUAACAUUUGGAACGGUUCAAAUGGUUCUCUAUGCAAUGUAUCGAAAUAAAAAAUCGGUUCAAGAUGAGAAGCUACCAGAACACAAAAUUGCCGACAUUGAAAACAACAUCGAACAAAACGUUGAAGACGAGAAGAAACAGCAGAAGGAGGAGGAAAAACGCGAUAUUGAGAAAGUAGAAGUUAUAGUAAAAAACAUAGAAAUGAAAGAAACAAAAGUAGAAAAAGAAGAAGAGAAGAACAAAGAUUCAUCAUCAUCACAAGAAGAAAACAACCAAACAGAAGUUAAGGACAAGAAAGACAACAAUAACAACAAGUCAUGAAGUGAAUAGUGUAGAGAGUUUGGAAUUAUUAAGGGUGCCUCUAGCUUCAAUAUGAUUAAGAUCUUCUUCUUCUUCUCUAUGAUGAUGAUGAUAAUGAUGAUCUCUCUCAUCUAUGUUGUGGGGUUCUUCAAUUUACGUGUAAAAUUGUGAAACGCUUAAAACAAAAUUAAAAGCUAAGGGGUAGUAUGGGACUAUAUGCCUCUUGUAGAUAUAUCUUUUUCUAUAAUUAUUGUUAUUAUUAUUAUUAUUGUUAUAUCUCUCUCUGUAUACAUAGUUAUUUUUAACUUGUUUUGGUUACUCCUUUAUUU